UUUGAGUGCUUACAGGUGGUUACAGUUGCUAAAUUUGAAGGCAGUGAUGCCUUUAAUGUCAUUCCUGACUUUGUUACUAUCGGUGGCACAUUCCGAGCCCUUUCACCUACAAGUUUUGCGCAAAUUAAGAAAAGAAUUGAGCAGGUUAUCACAACGCAAGCAAGCGUGAGCAUGUGCAAUGCAACAGUUGACUUUCUUGAAGAUGUGUCUCCUCCUUUCCCGCCGACUGUGAACAACAAAGAUUUGCACCUUUUUUACAAGAACAUUUCAGUGGAUAUGGUGGGGGCUGAGAAUUAUAUUGAGAUACAACCAGUGAUGGUAUCAGAGGAUUUCGCUUUCUACCAACAAGCAUUGCGGGGACAUUUUAGCGCUGUUGGAAUGCAGAACAAAAAUCAUCCACCAAUGCCGAACCCUCACUCUCCGUAUUUUGAAGUUAAUGAAGAAGUACUCCCUUAUGGUGCUUCCCUUCUUGCUUCCUUGGCCACAAGAUAUCUUCUUGAGUCUUCUUCAUCGCCAAAUAAGAUUUACAUGAAAGAUGAACUUUGA